AAAGCUAAAUAAAACAAAAACAGUUGUCCCUUCAACAAAUGCACAGGAUAAACUUGAUGGAACUAAAAACCCUCCAAAUUUAUCCAAGGGUUUCGUAAGAACUCGAUAAGCCAUUGCCGUAACGGCUAUAUAAUAAUAGCUUGAAGCACACUCUACAGCUUCGGGCGCACAGAUUUUCUUUUUCUUAUUCCUGAAGAGAAUUUGGCAUAUCCAAAGGAUGGAAGAAGUGACGGAAGCAGUGGCAAAGUUGGAUCUCAAUGACAACGAAAAGGAAGUGCAGAAGAAGAACCGCAUUCAGGUCUCCAAUACGAAGAAGCCGCUCUUUUUCUAUGUCAAUUUGGCUAAGAGAUAUAUGCAGCUGAACGAGGAGGUGGAGCUGUCUGCCCUAGGAAUGGCUAUUGCUACAGUUGUCACCGUUGCUGAGAUUCUCAAGAACAAUGGGCUUGCUGUAGAGAAAAAGAUAUUGACAUCAACGAUUGACAUUAGAGAUGAAGCAAGAGGCCGGCCUAUCCAGAAAGCCAAGGUUGAGAUAAUAUUGCGGAAAUCUGAGCAGUUCAAUGAUUUGAUGGCUGCUGCUGAGGAGAGGGAGCUUGAUGGUGAGAUGGAUGGUAAUAGCUAGUGAUUUAUUGAGUCACUGCAUAUGCUUGCAUUUAAUUAGAUAAAAUCGUAUUGGCUUUGUCUUUUCAAAUUCCAGUAUUAGGGUUACUUUUCUAAUUGGACAUCCCAUUAGAAAUGGGAAGCGUUGGUUCAGUGCUUGCCAUUCUGUCUGAAUCUUUUUGGGGGAUGAGAGUUACUUGUGGGGCAUUAUUGCUUCACUAUUCAUUUUGUAAUUGUUGAUGCUGCACAACUUCUGGAAUUUAGUAAAUGAGUCCCAUCUUUUGUGGGCUUUUUAACAUGUUUCAUAUUUUUUACCUGCAUUUUCUUGAGACCAACUCUGCAAUAUAAAUUUUUGUAUUGUCAUUUUA